AUGGCGAGACGAUGUACGAUAAAUAUGCGGCUAGUUCCUCGGAUUUUCAAAAAUCUGGCAUCAUUUGUGAAUUUCUAUGGACAAGAACAAUGUGUGUGCAUUUCUUUUUGGUUUUCAAAGAUCAAAAUGUGUUCCUACAAGUCAUCUUCUUGUUGGACUUCGUGUACGGUGACAACUUGUGUAACCACGUGUAGAAAAAAAAUUCUACUUCAUCUACCCGAUUCUGUAUGGAUUACAAUAAUAAAAGUGAGCUCUCAAGCAAGUUUCGGGUAGGAUUGUUAAAAUUUUACACAUUUUGAUCUAUCAUUAUCAAUUUGAAUUAUUCUUCUAGCUCUUUUAGUUAUUUUUUUAUAAAUUUUUGAAAAUCCUUAAAAUUCGUGUGUACCGGUGUGUAAAACUGCCUCUAGCUCUUCCGUCCGCAGUGAGCACUGUGAGCGGUACAUGCUGCCCUAUACGCAACACCAUGUUUCCUCAAAAAUAAGUCCUGAUUUUUAUAUAUUUUUUUUCCAAAGGAGGUAUUAAGGCUAAUUUUCAUCAGAUGUCUAAUUUUUAAGGCACAAAAGUCUACAUUUAUCUUUAUACGACUAUGUCAUUUUCUUAUGUAACAUCGUCAUAACUCUCCAAACCCUGAAUUCCGUCUGAAUUCUUGUGACUCGAUCUUUGCACCUCAGCAUAUACCUCGAAAGGCGCCAGUAUGGCAUUUAUAAAUAAUUACCAUUUAUUUUAAGGAUCAUAAAUAAUAUUUUAUUUGUCUAUUAAUAUUACUGCUUAAAAUUCGAUAUGUCCAUCAUGAGUUUCAAUGGACGGACGAAAUGUAUUCUAGUGCUUUUUUUGGUGUUAAGUUUUAUUUGGAGGAAGCACGGUAUUGCCGACGGUGAAUGUUUUCAGCAGAAAUUCUAAGAUUUGAGAAAACCAAUCUUGUAACUCGUUUAUGAUUUAAGUGACAUGCUUUUCUUUCUAUUACACUGCUAGAGAUCGUGCUUAUUUUCUUGUUUGUCCUCAUAAUCCUUUCUGUACGUGGGUUGUGUCCUUUCUAAAAGUCUCUGACACCACCGUCCAAUCGUCUCCACCAAUGAUAAUUAUUAGGAUCGCGUGACUGAAGAACACGUGAUGAGUCCGCACUACAGCGGCUCUAACUGGUGCAGACACGCUGGAAGAGACAGGUCGGGAAGACAGCUUCAGCGGAGUAUUUUUCAAAAGUGAAAAAUGAGCAGACUGGCGAUGGUACUGACUGCUGUAAUCGCUGGUCAACUUGUUUGGUAUCCCGUUUAUGCGAAAGAUGACAAGUGUCAUAUUGAAUAUGAAACCACGUGUGUCAGAAAAGUAAGCUACUCCUUUCAUGAAAAGGUCGUCGAAGAGAGGAGAGAAUUUAAGAUCGAGUACAUAGGUCCUGGUCAAAAGACAGAAGUCAUCGCAUUGUGUGAGUGGCGCAACGGGCAAUUUUCUUGUGACCCAGGCAAAGGUUACACGUGUGACGAGCAGCCGAGCAACAACUUUUCUGUCCUCAUAGACACUGCACAAAAAUGUCUGACUGAUGGAGAGAUUCUAUUUGAUGUAGCCUACGAACAAAUCAUCCGAUGUAAUCUGUCAAAUGGCAUUGGCAGUGGCGACCCAAAACUUGAAGGUUACAAAAGACCAGAGAGCACGAACAAUCUUCAUAGUGGACAAGAGAGGAAUGGUGUGACUGUUGGUGUCAGCUCUGCCUUUGGCAUCGUCUUCCUCCUUGUACUUGUCAUUCUUGUAAUUUUCCUUUGCAGACGAAUCUCUCAAUUCAAGUCAACUACUGGAAAACCUUCUCUGCCCACACAAGGUGGAUUAUACUCCACAAGAAUCCAUCCGGUAUUUCCUGUGUUACUUGUAUGGUGUCACAGACACUCACAUGCGUUCAACACUCACGCAGUCGCCCGGACAUUAGCGAGUUCUUUUUCGCUACAAACAAAACAACUAAAUCUGCCUUUUUGCUGGUCUUGUUUAAAUUUAAUUAUAAAAAAGUUGUGUUAAGCAAAUUAAUAAAAAUACACGAUAAAUACAGAAAACAGCAUCUCAAUAUACAUCCAACAGUUAUGCCUUAGUAUUAUCACCAGCCAUAGCGUAUGCACAGACAAAAUGGGUAUUUAGUAUCUUAUGUUCACUGCCCCAAUGCCAUCUUUUGAAAAAAGUAAUGAUCUAAAAGUAGUCUUACAUUCUGUGCUUCUAAUUUCGAUCUUUAAAAUUAGGACAAUCCCACUGAAAUGGGCCACAUAGCCUGAGCUGCUGAAAAGGCCACAGGGCAAAGUAAUUGGCAAGCUGUGUUGGUCAUGAAGACAUUGCCAGGUCUGGUGUCCACCAUGAACUAAUAUCCCUGGACUGCUGGCCAACGAUUUUUUCCAGUUAACUGCUAAAACGAGGAAUUAGACGAAAUAGCUUCCGGUUUAUUUACAUUUUUUGUUAAAAAGGCAGAUAGCUUUUUCAAGCUUGGAUUCGCCAAUAUUGACUAAAAAGCAAUCUUCGCAUAAUCAUGCCGUAAGCUGAAUUUUACAACUGUUUGUUCAGAGUCUGUUCAACAAGACACUAAGCUUCAGAGAUUUCACUCUGUGAAAAGAAGUGACUUUAUAUCUUCACUCAGAAAUAAAAACCAGCUAUUCAAUACUUGCUAAACCCCCAAGGGCACUGAUUGCUAGAAAGCUAAAGCACACAAAUUCGACCAAACUACGAAAAAAACAAAAUCAAUAUCAAACUCAACUCAAAAUAAAAUGUUCAAGGUGCAUUUUCAAAUAAAUAAACAGCUACCACCAUACAUAAAUUUUUCAAUCACCAUUUUGAGACAGAUGCAGCUUGGGAAAGACCUAAUUAACUGUUUUAAUGUGAUAAAAUAAAAACAUCAAAAUCAAAUCUCAGUAUCAUAAAUUGUGUUCAAUCAAAAGGUGAUUGACAUAAAGCUACUCAAUAAUAACAAGAUAUUUAUGGACAUGUUGACACUUUUAAAUAUUAAUUGUUUUAUGCUAUACAUGUACAUAUUUAAAAAUCACUGAUGUAUCAGAUUUGCAUAGUCUUCAGUCAUGAUAUUAAAACAACAAUAAACGAAUGCAUGGUUUCAAUCCUUUUAAUCUGUCCAAGAAUGUGUUUAAAUGUGUUUUGCGGAAGACAGCAGUAUCUUAGAGGUCUGUACUCAGAAGAGUACUUACAUUCUUUUGGCAUUCCUUAGGUGUAUGGUAAAAGUUUUAGUAUUUUUUUUUCCUUUUAUGUUUAUAACUUAAAGGCUUAUCUAGGGGAGAGAAGCAAUGUUUGAAGUCUUGCUUCUUAUGAAUGGAACUGAUUUGUUUACAUUCAUUUGGGGAACAUGAAUCUCUUAAUGAAUAAAACCCAUCUGAAACAAAUUUUGAAACUAAUUUUGCACUCUUUUGCCUUUCCACUUUCUUUUCCCUCUUCCCCUCCCCACUGGCUCAACCUGAAAUUGGGAGCCAAUGGCCUUAAAAGGCUAGGGAUAUUCACCAUGACCAUACAGUCUGGCUAGACUUUAUAUAUAUAUAAAACAGAGAACCACUGGUGCCAGAACUGUAAACAAAAAUAUAGGAUAGGUUCAGAUGACACAGAAGCUGCGACAUCUUUUAAAAGUAACAAAAAUUAGAAUUGCACGUAAAAAAAUUUGAUGAUUAUAUAUUUUUAUCAUUUUUACAUGUUAAUUCAAGAUAGUGAUAUACGAAAAGUCAUGUCAAACAUUUUUGGUGAGAACAAAAGAUUCAACCAAAAUUUACAUAUCGUUUCAACAUUGCAUUAUGUCAUUUUGGGAAAACCAGCUUUUAAAAUUCCUGCUAGUGAAAAAUAUUAUUGCCUUUUAUACUUGGGAGAGA